AACCACUCUUCCCCUUCUACGUGUGUGACACCAGCCUCUGUGUCUCUCGGGCAGAGAAUAGAAAAGUUGGAGCAAAAAAUCUGAGUCAGCUCCAGCAGCUACCAGACACUCAACAGCAACUCCCCGCCACAGUACCAGGCUUCUUCUUCUUCUUCUUCUCUCUACCUCUCUCUCUCUUUUAUUUAUUUUUUUUUAAUACUGCUCUCUCACUCAUUUACUCUCUUUCACACACACACACACACACACACACACACCACCCGUCACUCCUGGCAGAAGGGAAGACAGGACCACAGGAGAAACUGUUACACACCUUUACUGCUCAGCCAGCCAUCUACCAGACGCUUUGCCCAGGAUGUGGACUCUUCUCUUGGGGGUCAUCUUUGGAUUACUGGCCUUCUCCAGGUCGGAAGAACUUCAAGUAAACAGCCGCGGCUGCAGCUAUGUCGGCGUGUUUCUUGUCGAGGGUGCGGGUCGUCACACCCUGAACUUCAGCAUGGCUCAGAAGGUAUGCAAGCAGAUGACGAGCACCUUGGCAAGUCCAGAUCAAGUCGAGGAGGCCUAUAGUAAAAACAUGGAAACUUGCAGGAACGGCUGGAUCAACAACGGGAGCAUCGCCAUCCUCAGGCACACGCAUCACGAAAAAUGUUCACAGAACAUGACAGGGUUGAUUAUUAAUUCGCGUGUAGACGUUGGACAUGAGUAUGAUGCCCUCUGCUACGACGACACAGAUUUGUCUGAGAUGAACUGUGAUAAAGCCUUUGCAGUUGAGCCCCCAACACAGCCUGAGGCCCCGACAGCAGCAGGAAGCGAGGAAGAACCAAAGGUGACUCCAGAACCUCAACCUGAGGACAUUACUGAGGGCGAGGCCGGUCCCGCGACAGCAGCCCCUGGGGAAGGAGGUCACGGAGAGGCGGAAGAAGCUGCGCCUCCAUCAACCUCCGCUACUGUCACAGAGCUGAGCACAGAGGAGCCGGAAGAUGCAACGAGGGAUCUUACUGUGAAGGAAAACUCCUUUAGCAGGGGCGAAACCAUCACCAUGAAACCCAUUUUAACUCCUGAAGACUUCGACCUGCCUGGGUCUGGAACAGGGCCAACUCUCCCUGAGGAGGACGGGGCCUCUACGACGGCCUCUGUCGGAGCGCCGGAGGAACCACACCAUCCCGUUGUAGAUGAGGGACCCGAGGAGAAAAGAGACGAAGAUGUUGCCAAAACAGAGUCUCCAGAGCAGCGACCUAAUGGCAAAGGACGGGUCAUAGAUCGUACAGAUGAGGCCCAGCAGAGCAGCGGUUCGUCAAACUGGCUGAUAAUUCUGCUCGUGAUCCUGGCAGUUGCCGCCAUCCUUCUCGUGUGUCUGGUUGUCGCCAAAAGAAACAGCAGCUGGUGCGGCAGGCAGCAGACCCUCAUGAUCACAUCCAAAGACGGAGGCGAGGGCAACGGGGCGGCGGCCUCGGCGUCCAGCUCGCACAACCAGGAGAGGGAGCAGGAAAUGGUGACCCUCAUGAACAAGGAGAAGAUCCAGGAGAACGGCAACACGGAGGAGUUCACCGUCAUCACGCUAGAGGAGUCGACAGACAAAGAGCAGCUGGCGUGAGGGCAGAUGCAGGCGGGAAGGAGUGAAGGAGAGUGAGGAGGAUGGUCGGGAGAGUAGGCAGGUUGGGGGGGCGGUUGGGGUUGUAAACUGCUUUUGGUGGCCAGCACUGAAUGGACACUGGGUGUAUGAGUGAGUUGUUUAGAGAGACUGAGGUACACGGCGCUCUGAAACUGUUGGCCCUCAGUGGGACCGGGUCUUUUAAAAAAAAAACAACAACAUGUGCAGCAUUUUGUUCGUCUGGUGUACCGGGUUAGCUGAGGGGCUGAACGGCGGUCGGCUGGGCGUGGGGAACGUCUUUCGUGUCAGUUCAUGUGUUUGUGAAUUUAUAAGCUGUGUGGGGCUGUGGAUGGGUUUUAACGGCGGGCGACUUUUACAGACGGUUCUCCCUUUAGAGAUUCGAUGGAUCCUUAAAGACCGUUCAGCCCAAAUGGGAAAUAAUCAAUCAACGAGGAGAACUGAUUUAUUUUAUUUUGAAAAUCUAGAAGAGGAAAAAAAAAAAAAAGAUUUUUAAAGCGAGCAAUCCUUGGUGUUUUCCCGUGUAUUUAAUUCUGUUUGUUCCGUUGGCUUAUUGUUGUUGCCUUGUGUAUAUUUCAGACAUUGCCUGUGGACUGGAAUUUGGGUUUUUCCCGAUUUUCGAGCAAACCGGGGGGAUGUCACUUCUUUAAUUUAUGCAGCUUUGAUCCCCUUUUUCCUGGUCACUGUAUAUAAAGUAUAUGUUUUGAAGAAGACUUAGCAAUAGCUGCCAGUGCUUUUAUGUUUAUUUUUCAGUAGAAAGGGGCUUCGGAUCCCUUUAAAGUAAAGGAAUGUGUCCGUUUUUGGGGAGUUAUUUAAUUAGAAACUGUACCUCAGAGGUAAACGUUAACGGAUUUUGCAAUAGUCAAACCGGAGUGGACAUCGUAUGAAUCGACUCGAUGUAUAGCAUCCUAAAUUGUGCAUUUUUUAUUUUUUUGCACUACUGAAGUCAAAUAAUAUGACAUUUGCAUUGGUUUGGGAAUGUGAGGAUAUCCUGAGGAUAAUAAAAGUUACAACAAUACAUACUAUAUACACAGUGUGUACAAUGAUUAGAGCAAAAGAGAGAAUUGGAUGGCAUCUAUAGCACAUUAAUCAUUUUUUUGGAUGCAAAUUUGAGUUUUUUUGACAAGUGAGCGACAGAGGCUUAGCUGUAGACUCAUGCGAUAAAGGGGGCGCCCAACACAAAGCAAUGUAAGAGGUUUCCUCAUAGACAAACAGAGACUGUGACAACAUUGUGUGCGUACUCCCCGAGGGAGGGGGUUUGUGAUGAAUGGAGCUUGUGUGCUUGCUCAACGCCUCGUGUGCCGGUCGCUCUGUACAUUCAUACAUGUAAACAAAAUGCUGCAGUUUUUCUACUGACCUUCUCAUUGGUAAAAAAAAAAAAAUGAUAUCAUACAUGUGUCAUAUCGAUAUUAUUCCCUGUGUGACAGCGAAUUUUUUUAAUUUUAUUUUUCUUGCCUGGUUUUCAGUAUAAAGCUGAAUUAUAUACAGUGAUUGCAAACAGAUUUUUUUGUUUCUGACUUUUUAUUUUAUUUUAUUUUUUUGCUUUUCAUCAUUUGUUUUGACAAGAAGUAGCAAAUGUACUAGAGUAGGAAGGUUUUAUGACAAAUUAACAACAACAAAAAGAAAAGAACAAAAAAACAACAAUGUGCGCUGAAAAGAUUUGUAAAGUCAUGAAUGAAAUAAAUGUGCAUAGAAAUAGA